AUUUAAAUGUAGCUAACCAAACAAGAAAAGCUUAAGGAUUUCAACAGAUUGCUGAAAAUGAGUUGCCUUCAGAAAUGGAAGACAAUAUUUGCAAUGAUUAUUGUUGAAUUUGGUUUUGCUGCUGUAAAUGCACUUUUCAAGAAAGUCCUCAAUGGAGGAAUGGACCAAUUGGUGGCAUCAACAUAUAGGCUUGCAGUUUCUGCUAUUUUCUUGGCCCCUUUAGCAUGGUUUUUUGAGAGAAAAGUGGCAUCAAAAUUAACGGCUCGCAUUAUCUGUUCUCUGUUUAUCAGUGCAUUGCUGGGGGGUACAUUCACUCAAUAUUUCUUCUUACUUGGGCUGGAAUACACAUCAACAACAUUUAGCUGUGCUUUCCUCAAUAUGGUGCCUGUCAUCACUUUCAUUUUGGCCUUGCUACUUAGGCAAGAAAAAAUAAAACUAAAAAGCAGGAGUGGAAGAGCAAAGAUAUUAGGCAUUCUAUUCUGUCUUGGUGGAGCAUUAAUACUCACUCUAUACAAAGGAAUGGCAUUGAUAAAUCCAUCAGCAGAAUCAGAAGUUGAAUCAAGUCACAGAAAAAAGAGUUGGUUUCUUGGUUCAAUAUUUCUAUUUGCAGGUUGUUUUGUGUGGUCUGCUUGGUUUCUAGUACAAGCUAGAAUUAGCAAAGAUUAUCCUUAUCAGUACUCAAGCACUGCAAUUAUGUCAUUUUUUGGAGCUUUUCAGUCUGCAAUUUUGAGCUUUAUCAUUACCAGAAAUGUAUCGAAAUGGAUACUCAAAGGUGGAUUAGAGAUCCUAAGUGUCAUAUUUGGUGGAAUGGUGGGAUCAGGUUUGUGCUAUGUUGUAAUGUCAUGGUGUGUAAAGCAAAAGGGUGCAGUUUUUACAUCAGCAUUCAGUCCCCUCAUUCAAAUUUUUGCUGCUGUCUUUGACAUUUCCAUACUUCAUGCUCAAAUUCACUUGGGAAGGGGUGGAUGCAUAGCAUAUAUGACGAGUUCAUCCAAAUAACAUAGCUAUUCAAAUCUUAUAUAUAAAUUAAAGACUCGUUGAUAAGUACAAAUAAUAAAGGGAAAUUUUCAUAAUUACUGAUGAAAUCAAAAAUUAUUUCACAAUCUACAACUAUUAGUUAAAUAACAUAUUCUACAACAUAAACAUGAUAAAUGUAUAAAAGUUAUACCCUCAAAUACGGUUGAUUUCUUAAAUAUUAGGAAACUGUUUCUGAAAGUAUCCCUUAAUAAUGCAAUCUCCAACUAAAAACAAACACCCAAAAAUAAGGGAUUAUCUUUAUUUAGGUAACAGAAAGGAAAUCAAUAUAACAUGCAAUCAAUUAUUUUCUAAACAAUCUCCUUUUGCUUCGCUGCCUUUUCAAGCUAUCAUUCCACUUAUUCAAAUCCAAUAUCUCAUUCUCCUUCGAUUGAUAGGGUAUGUUUUUCUUCUUUUUUUCAUUCUUAAAAGUGUAACUUCCAUUCUUUUAAUACAAAAGUGUGGUAUCAAUGGCAUAUUGGCUUUCACCAAAUUCUCCGUUUCAACAACAAAAAAAAAGUUUCUCUGAUCUAUUUUCUUUGUAAGUAACUUAGCUAAUAACUAAUAUUAUCUCAAAUAUAUAUACACACAAACACAGUAUUUAUGUACAUUUUUAUAUUUGGAAUAAUAUAUGGAGU